GUCCCUCCUUACCUCCCUCACACCCUAUUUUUAAAGCAAUCGAUCGUGCUGUUAUGUUCGCUUUAAGUUAAGCGCCUUCCGGGACUUUCUAGGGAUUUACAAAACUAUCUGGAGCAGUUUUAUUAAGAGCUUCCUAGGCCUUUUCUAAGAGUCGUAUACGGUGUUAUUUAUUAAAAAGUAGACAUAGGGAUUUAGGUGUAUUGUUUUUCCCUAUGUCUACAUUUUUUAUGCAAGUAGAUUUCGGAAACACCCUGUAUGAGGAUUUAUACAGCAUCUGCACUAAAGGGCGUUGUGUCGAUUUCCCAGUGAUUUCUAGAUUUUUCCCCGGGAAAUGACCUAGAAACGAAUGAGAAAGGGCCUAAGAAAAUGUGGAAAAACACUCUUUUUCAUGAAAUGGAUCAAAUAAACUACUCACGCGAUACUUUCAAACUACUUCUUGUACGACUAGAACUACUGUUCGCCAUCAUUGUGUUACUUUUGAACUACUCACGUAUGUACCGGGCGGAAGGACAAUGCUAAAUCUAAAUGCAGUUUAUCUUAUUAUGCAUUACUGAUAAGUGAACAAGGUUUUUAUUCAUGAACCAAUCUUCUUUAAUAGAAGGGGAAGAUUAGGCAUUAUCGGGAAUGAGUAACGGCGCAUAGCAGGAAUAAGUUUUUUUUUAACCGUUAAAUUGAUUUAUUUGUAUUACGUUCACGAAUUACGUUUGAUAUAAAAAUAGUGGAUGCGAAAUUAAAAUGUUCCAGAAAUAAGUUUUGGAUGUUUAAAGGUAAUCCCAAAAUAUCCGGGAAGUUGACCUUUUUAGUUGGCCUUUCCAUGCAGUAACCGAUUAGCUUUUGUUCCAGUGAAUUAGGAAAAUGGCCGAUAACGUCGAAUUGGAGGUCUGCGCGAACUGCAAGCGCGAGAUACCGCACUAUAACUAUGUCAUGCACACGGCGCAUUGUGCUCGCAACAUCACCUUGUGCGGCACGUGCAAGGAGCCGAUACCGAAGAACGAGUUUCAGCAGCACGCAAAGACCUGUGUGCCGAAAGCGAAGCCGAUCGUAAAGCCUACCGUGCCUCCAACCAAAAUAGAGCAGAGCUCGUAUUUUACCGCACGCAAAGAGAUCGAGGAUAAGAAGUCGCAACAGCGUCAGGAAAAACGCAUGGAACGACUGGAAAAGUUCACAAACAUCGGUGAGACCGUAGGUCAUUCCAAAGCAAAGGAGCCUCCCGGGAAACGACCACCGCCGCCGAAAGAUUUACUCCCGUGCCAGUACUGCGAAAUCGAGUUGCCCAAAUUCGAGCUGGGCGAGCACGAAGACUACUGCGGCGCUCGUACCGAAAAGUGCCAAGAUUGCGGGGAGAACGUCAUGUUCAAGUACCGGCAGCUGCACCUCGAUAGCAAUCACGGGUACGUCGGCUCGGGGACGCGACCCGCCCCCCAGACCUCUCGCCGUCCCGUACCGCUAACGGCUCUAAUGACCGACCUCGACUUUCCGAUAUACUCGUCGCACCCGCCCGGUCGUUCCAUGCUCUCCACCACGAGCAGCACCGGCGAAAAAUUGGAGACGAGCCGAGAGAUAUCGCGCCGACUCGACUGCAAGACCGAGUACAUAAGAAACCUGCUUCACGACUCGGCCAGCAUCACCGCGCCGAUACGUUCGACCGGGGCGGUCCCGCGUUACCGCGCCCGUCGCAAUCCGCCCACCGCCCUCGUGAUUCCGUGCGAGUUUUGCGGCACGCCGAUCCCGCACGAGGAGCUGAUCGAGCACGAGACCGGCUGCCGUCCCGACCUGGCCCGUUACAAUCAGCGGCGCGAGAUCGACGACAUGAGCUUCCUACUUUCGCCCGAGCCCGGAUCGCCGGACGUCGAGUUGCCGUGCGAAUUCUGCUCGGAUCUCAUACCCGCCUCCCAGUUGCUCAGCCAUCAGGCCGCGUGUAAUUAACUCGUUUAGACAUAUCCGUUUAUUUGUAUAUAUUAUACCAAGUUUGUUAUUAAAUCGAUUGCGAAA